UUAUUGGCCAAACACAAGUAUCCGCUGCAUUUUCUGCCUCAAGUGGUUUUUAUAUGACUUUAUGUAUUCUUAUAACUGGACAAUAUGAUAUUUUAUUUUGCAGUCUUAAGAAUGUCUUAGCAACAGUUGCUAUAAAUAGAAGAAAGCAAAUUGAAUUGAGAAAGCUGUACAAACUACAAAAAUCCGAAAUCGGUGAAUACUAUUGCUCCCAGGAAAAAACUUGCGAUAUUGAUACUCUAGUCCGCAGUACAAAAAUUUCAAAGCGAGAAGAUUUCGGUUACCAUUUUAAUAAUGCUCUGAAGAAAUGUAUUGAUCAUCAUCGUUAUAUUAUAGAAUGUCUGCAUAAAAUGGAAGAUUUCUAUUGUCCAAUAUGGUUUUUCAAAACGGGAGAAAUUAUAUCUGUAUUAUGUCUGGUGGCAUUUGUAUCGGUUAAAUCUACCAGUGCUAAUUCAAUUAUGAAGAUUGUAUCACUAGCCCAAUAUUUAUUCUUGGUCAUCUGGGAACUAUUAAUUAUUUGCUAUUUUGGUGAACUGAUUUAUAUUAAUAGUCAACGUUGUGGUGAGGCUUUAAUGAGAAUUCCAUGGUACAUUUAUAUGUGUGAUAUAAAAUUUGAUUAUAUUUUCGUGCUUUUGAAUUCGAAAAGACCUUUUCAGUUGACAGCUGGAAAAAUUAUAACCUUAAAUAUUGAAUGUUUUAAAAGUAUAUUAUCCACAGCUUUCUCUUUCUUGACUUUGUUACAGAAUUUGGAUGAACGAGAUAAAGGGAGUCAGCAGGUGUUCCGAAGCAUGUUUCAACGCCAAGAUUACUUUAAAUAUAUACGCCGCAAUAUGUAUUGUGCUCAAAUGUAUCGCAUACAUUUGGAACGCUAUUUGCCGUACUCUCUUUCGUAUCUGGCCAUCAUGUUGGAAAUACUAUUUGAAAUAUUUCUAUAUUUUGUCAGCAUUCACAUUGCAGUCUUGUAUAUUUGCACAAUAUUUCUGAAUUACCACACGGGUGACUUGGAACUAUUGGUAAAUUGUUUAAUGCAAACAGUUAUUUAUUUAUGGACCAUUGUCAUGAAAUUGUAUUUUCGUCGCAUGCGACCAAAAAAAUUAGAGGAUUUAAUGGAUUUUAUAAAUUUUAACUGCAAACAACGUUCGGCCAUUGGUUUUACUUACGUCACCAUGGACGAUACUUUAGCCAUGUCAAACAAAUGGAUUAAACUGUAUUUGUAUUCGUGUUAUUUGUGCGCCAUAUGCUGGUUGAUUUUACCCAUCACUUACGGAGAUCGUAGUCUGCCUUUAACCUGUUGGUAUCCUUUUGAUUAUCAGCAACCGAUCAUUUAUGAAACCAUGUAUUUCCUUCAAUCUGUUGGUCAAAUACAAGUUGCAGCUGCUUUUUCUUCCUCAAGUAGUUUUCAUAUGACCUUAUGUAUUCUAAUAUCAGGACAAUAUGAUGUUUUAUUUUGUAGUCUCAAGAAUAUUUUAGCAACAAUUGCUAUCAAAAGAAAUCCUACGCAAAUGGAUUUAAGAAUGGCAUAUAAGCUUCCCGAAUUUGAAGUACAAGAAGUAAAUGAAUAUUAUUGUUCCAAGGAAAUAGUAAGUGAUGUUAACACUUUGGAAACGUCGGCAACAUAUAGAGGAGAACGUCGAGAUUUUCGCUAUCAUUUUCGUAAUGCAUUUAAAAAUUGCAUUGAUCAUCAUCGUUAUAUACUGGAAUGUUUAAAGAAAAUGGAUGAUUUUUGUAGUAUUAUAUGGUUUUUCAAAACUGGAGAGGUAAUAUUUUUAAUGUGUUUGGUGGCAUUUGUGGCGGUUAAGACAAUCAAUGCUGAUACAUCUUAUAUGAAAAUAUUAUCAUUGGCAAAUUAUUUACUUUUGGUAGCUGUGGAAAUGCUGGUGAUUUGCUAUUUCGGUGAAGUUAUUACUAUUAAUAGUCAACGUUGUGGCGAAGCAGUAAUGAGAAGUUCUUGGUACAUUCAUAUGCGUGAAAUGAAAACGGAUUUUCUUAUAUUUCUACUGAAUACAAAUAAACCAUUUAAGUUGUCAGCUGGCAGAAUUUACUUCUUGAAUGUUGAAUGUUUUAAAAGUAUUAUGACGACGGCAUUUUCAUUUUUCACUUUUUUGCAAACAAUAGAU